AAGAAGAGAGGGCAGGGGCGUCUCGGGGAUUGGGAAGGUCGCGGACGGUGGACGAGGCCGUGGGGGGAGUCGGCGGGAGGCUCGUAGGAUCCGGCUCAGCCUCAGAGACGGCCACAGCACUUAAGAAGAUGGACCGGCGAGGAAUUUGGAUCUGCUUCGCCCUGGCGGCGGCCCUCUCCCAGGCGGCCGACGAAGACUGCGAGUGCGUCCCUUAUUUCCAGUGCGUUGACGGCAAGAUUGUUACAGACGGAGAAGGACUUCUCGACGUCAGGUUAAAAACAUGUGCUGGUAUUGAUGUCUGCUGUCAGCUUCCCACGACGACGACCGACAGAGCGAAACCCGAUAAUCCUCAACCUGUCUUUCCCGAGCCUGUCGACCCAGAGCCAGUCGAUGGCGAUCCAGAGCCCCUUUCUCCAGGACAGACGGACCCUCCACCCGUCGAUCAAGCGACCACUCCUUCAGGCCAGACGAACCCUCGACCCGUCGAUCCGACUCGAAUAAACAAUUCGACGAAAUAUACCCUGCCGACAGUCCUUGGGACACCGGGAUGUGGGCGGAGGAGGGUGGGGUUGCUUCCAUCGAGGAUCUCCAACGCCGGCAGUUUAGCCGAUACGUUUUACGGUGAGGCGCCUUGGAUGGUAAUGAUAAUGAAUCAGGAUACAUUCGUGUGCGGCGGUACCCUCGUCAAGCCCUCCAUCGUCAUGACGGCUGCACAUUGCAUUCCGGAGACGGGGUUCAGUCGGCUGACCGUCAGGGUGGGCGAGUACAACACUAGCACGACAGACGAGCCGAUCAAGCACGUUGACAAAAAAGUCAAGACCGUCAUCACUCACCCGGAUUUCAACAGUAAAAACCUGGCCAACGAUGUCGCUCUUAUUGAACUCGACACGCCGGCCGUCUUCAGCGAGACCGUAGACGUCAUAUGCACGCCAGACGCUGCCGAACCGGUCAACACUAAAGACUGCGUCGCCUACGGAUGGGGUGUCACAGACAAAAAUACCAAGGACCUCGUGCAAGACUCGCUGAAGAGGGUGGAUCUCCCGGUGAUCACGAGGGACGAGUGCCAAAAUAAGAUGCGACUGACACGGCUCGGCAAGUACUUCUCCCUCCUUCCCGGGUUCCUCUGCGCCGGUGGACAAACCGGCAUGGAUACCUGCAAAGGGGACGGUGGAGGUCCGCUUAUCUGUCCGCUCCGGAAAGACAGCACCAGGCUCGCUCAGGUGGGCAUCAUCUCCUGGGGCAUCGAUUGCGGAAAGGGCAAUCCGACGGUUUUCGCCUCUGUCGACCACUACAUGUCUUGGAUCAGACAGCAGAUUGCGUGACGGAACCGUCCUUGAAGUCUUCCAAGGGUCUAGUCCAUCCCAGGAAUUCCACAAGGGAAAUCGUGAGCGAGCAUCCUUCGGCGACAAAGCCAAACCAAAUCAUUUGCAACGACUGUCUUGCCAUUAACCAAUUUUUCCCAAUAUAUGCUAGUGAAUAUUUUCACAAAAAAUAUUUUUAAUUGUUUUGAAUGUGUACGUAUAUAUAUUUUGUAGAUGAGUUAUUUGUCUUUUCAACCCCAAAUUAAAUGUAUAGUAUGAAAA